UGAUCCGCCAUGGCAGCUGAACAGGUAAAUAUCUGCCCUAAAGGGCGCUGGUUGAAGCUCGGGGAAGGCAGCUGGUGGGGUUGAGUAUGUCGGGUGACAUGGCUGAACGCGGCACUGGUCUUCAUGGUGUUAAUGAUGUGGGCUCUGCAGAAAAAGAAAACGCAGGCAGGAUUGAAGAUUCGAGGCCAAACAUUCAGUGGCCCUCAAAGUCCUGUCGCAAAGUAGCCGUUAUCCCUCCUAUGUCCAGAAGCAAGAGCUCUGAAAUGAGUCCCCCACAGUCUCCUGCUUCAAUUUCUCCAACUACAAUAAGUCCAGAUGACCCUUCAUCACCUAUCAGUUCGAGGCACGUGAUCAGGAGGAAUUGUACUCGGCUGCGUCCCUUCUCCUUUGAUUUGCGUGACUCCAUGCGAAGAGUUGCUCAUGAACAAAAGCUGACGAGGCUGAGAGAGCUGGACAUACUUUAUCCUGCACACCCCUUUACAGCCAAUCCGGUGAGGAAAUACAAACCCCUGGUACUGCAGAAGAGCUCGCGUAAACUCACGAUCCCCAGAUCGCCCUUCUCCAGUCGUGAUGACCCAUGGAAUUAGAUAAAAUUCCUUUUUAAUACUGCAUGUAAAUACUAAUCUAUUUUUACAAGAUUUUGU